CUCGUUUGGUUUGCUUCGGGUAUUAAUGGUGCUUCAAUAUACACGUUUCAAUUCCACGGUACAAGUCAGAUACAAAGGAAGCUCUGCUUGACCUGCGUCUCAUUCACAGAUAAAUACCGUCGCAACAUGUGCGUAACUGCGAGAUCGCUCGGCUGCACGCUGCUGCUACUACUGUCUGGCGUGCUGUUGGCCGCGUCGGAGCAGGCGAUGUCCAACUUUGAGACGGUGCACAAUAGCAACGCGGCGAUCUUGAAUCGGCUCGGGCUCGCGCCGCUCCAGAUCCCGGACGGGCACCAUAAGAAAAGAGUGGCUGGUCCCGAGCCGCCGGGAUUGAGCUCUCAGACGCGGAUUCACCAGCCUUACAGCCGUCGCCACGGGCACCGGGACAGCCACGUCUACAUCGUUAAGCUGCCGGCCAGCCCGCCGUAUUAUACUAUCACGAAACCUCACAAAUCGGUGAAGGACGAGAAGAUGACCAAGAACGGCGCGAAUUUCCCGGUCGGGUUUCAGGGCAACGGUAAGCCGGCGAAGAUCUAUCAUUGGAAUCUGCCGGUCAUGAAGAAGAUCACCGAGAAGAAGCGGCUGCACACGCAGCUGAAGAUGGAGCAGGCGAAGAAGAAGCUGGAGGAGGCGAAGAAGUACGGGGAGGACGCAGAGUCGGUGAAGAAUUUCAUGGACAAUAUUCACGACGGCAAGGGCAGCCAAGAGUCGUCUCAUCAGGAGAACAAGAAGUACCUCGCCGUUGACAGCAACAAGAUCACCGUGCGCCAAAAGAACGGUCCGUCGAAACACGUGAGGAACAACGACAAGAGGCUCAGCUAUCCCGAACACGAGAAGAAGAAGGGGCCCGAAUCGGCGAAGAAAGGGAACAACAACGCGAUGAGCAACAAGACUUACAGGCUGGACGAUUCAGGCGUCCACAGGAUUCACCUGACGAACGAACUUCACGGCUCGAGGAACACGGCUAAGGUGAAGAAACACCGGAAGAAGGCGGCCAUGUCGUACUACGCGCCGAUCCCUGGCAAAUCCGGAUCCACGAGCAUCCACAAGAACUUUGCCGGCAACGGGAAGCCGAAAGCGUUCUACGUGAUGGAGAAGAGUCGCAAGCCUGUAUAUUAUCACCCCCUGCUGCCCUAAUCCGUGACGAGACGCGAGGACGUGUGUUUAAUCACGCUACGUGUUAACGGCCCGUGAGCUUGUUAGGGUAGAACCAGUUUUGGUCAUUCGGCCUGAACGAGCAUCGAACGAGCGUCCGAAACAUUUCAUGAAAUCAACCUCCACUUGAAACGUCUUCAAAACUUUGUACUGCAAACUUAGUAACACAUAGGAAAUAUCUGAAAUCGAGCUAAAAUAAAUAUCGGUCAUUUACGUGAAUUACAUAAAAUUAGCGUCCGUUCGAUGUUCGUUGAAGGUUGCAGCCUAAGUCGCGUCACGUUUACGAUAAAUGGGCACGAGACAAGAGCAGGGGCUGUCGUUUCGUAAGACGAACCAUCAAAUUUAUAGAAAGAGGAAACAACAAAAGCGUGUGCACGAGAAUAGGAGAGAAGAAGACACCGCGACUAUGAUACACGUUUGGAUCAGUCGUACUGGAAGGAAGCCACGCGUAUCCUGCAAGAGCCGUUCCACUUCUGUUACAGUUGUUAGGAGUAUUAGACUAGGUUGCCCGAACUUAAAUUUAGGAUAGUUUAAGGACACUAACGCCUGGACUGAGAAGGGAAUUAGGUUUAAGGGAAGGAAGCGGUCGUCGACGCCCGAUCCUUCCUCUUUUUAACAAACGACCUCGUCGACCGUCGCCUCCUUCCACCGCGUUCAACUUGUACAAUAUAUUUUUAUAAGUUCGACAGAUACUUUUCUAUCAUACCGUUUUUUACGAAUCAGGGUUGCCCCGCGGGAGCCCCGUGAACCGAUCGGUCACGAACGAAUCUUUUAAAUAAUAAGACUGGACAAUACCACUAUCUCUCCACGGCGGGAUCUGCGUACACGCCUUUCCUACACGUAGCCGCGCGAAACCACUUUUCUUACUAAUUUUUUUUACUAAACGGAUCGCGAGAGCAGCAAAUGUUUUUUAUAUUCUUAUAUCGUACGUUAUAGAAGCAAGCUCAAUUGUAUACCGAACCAUGGCAUUCAGUGUAGUGUAAUAAAAGGUAUUUAUAGUA